AUGCAAGACAGGAUGCUCAGGAUUUUGCUUUUAGUUUCCCUCUCUGCGUGGAUGAGCGGGCUGCUAUGCCCAGCCGAAGCCAAAGGGACAUAUUUCCAACCUCCUGCCACGGGAAGGUUCAUUCACAGCCUGUAUACACCGGGUUCUCAUCCCCAGACCUACGGCAAACCCAUCACCAAGCACAGAAAUUACUGUGUCUAUGUGGUGGAGAAGAACGUGACCUGCACACAGCAGGACGGCACAGAACCGUAUAUCAAGGCCGAGUACCUCAAGUGCAGCUGGGGACCCAAGUGCCCAGGAACUGUUGUGUACAGGACACUUUUCAGGCCCAAAUAUAAAAUCGGGUACAAGAUGGUGACUGAACUACAGUGGCGCUGUUGUCCUGGACACUCAGGGGAUUCCUGCCAAGAUGCACCUCCCAUCCAACCAGCAUACCAUCCCCCUUACAUGGGCCCCAAGGCAGCUCCAGGACAGAAGCUGUUCCCUCCACCAAAGUCUCCCCCUUCCUACCCUAACCUUCAGCCUGAGACUCUUCCAGACCAACCAAUGUCACCUAAGAAAAGUGGCUAUGGUAGAAAACUGCCCCCUAUAUUUGGAGAACGUUUGGAUCGUUUGGAAGAAGAGGUCAGACGUUUGUCUCAGUCUUAUGACAGCUUACACGGAAUAGUAAGCAGUUUGGGAGACUCUUUACGUCUUGCCAUACAAGAAGACACCAACAAAAUGAUAGGCUCGUUAGUGAGCGGGCCAGGUUCUUCAUCACAGUCAUCUGUUGGAUUUGGGGUGAUUCCAGAUGCUAUGGCUGAGGCUCCUCAUGUUCCUGGAGACCUAACUGGCAGAGUAGCUGAAGUGAGUGAACUUCUACGAUCAAAAACAGAACUUUUGGAUGAGGUGAAUGGGAUGGUGAUGGGCCAUGAAGCACAGCUCCAACACUUACUUGAGGCUGCAAGACCUUCUCCACUUACAUCCACCGAAAUGCUGGAGCAGUACUUGGAGGGCAAAAUAGCUGAGGCACAAGCAAAGAUGAUGGAAGGUAUAGAGGCACGGAUACAGAAGAUCCAAGGUAAUUGUGAUAUUAAAGUACAGGAAGUGCAGAAGCAGUGCCAAGAUGUGGAACAGGCAGCAGGUCAAAGAAUGCAGCAGGAAAUGGAUGGAAAAGAAGUUGCCUUGCAAAGAGAAUUGUCAAAAUUUAGUGCCAGGCUACAGGAACUGGGUGCACUCGAUGGCUGCUGUGGACGUUUAGAGGACCUCACUAGGCACGUGGAGGAACUGGAACAUAGUCUGCACCAACUGACUGAAGAGCACCACACUCUUACCCAGAAGGUGGAUGUAGAACUGACAGGGCUUUUGGUGGAGCCUCAGAUUAGAGCAAGACUGGAUGAAGUGGACAGCAGGUUAAACCUAACUGAGGAAGGUGUGAGGAGAUGUUGCCAGGAAGGAGUGGAAAGAGGCCACUUGUUAGCUGAGUUGGAUGGAGUAAGGGCUUCUGUAGAUGACAAAGUACGAGUUUUGGAAGAGAGACUUUUAACAGCUGUUGGAGAGCUCACCAAUGCCUCAGCUCCUUUGGCUCUGGAUGGAGCAGUGAUGCCUUUAUUGGAUGCUCAUUUGUCUGGGAUACGGAAAGAAGGUCUUGAGGGGCUGGAAGGAGUACAGAGUCGACUAACUGCUGUAGAGGAGCUGUGCGCUGCUGGAUGUUCUGCACCUGGAGGAGAAUCGCUCAUAGAGAUUCAUAAUGAGAUCUCUCAGUUCCAGAAGCAGAACCAGGAUGUCCAAAAACAACUAAGUCACCUGAACAGCACUGUUUUAGGCAUUAGGAAGCAGCUUCAACGACAACAUGAGGAAGCAUUACAAGGUGAGAUUACUCUGCUACAAGUUAACUUGCGCAGUGUUGGACGUUCUCUGCAUGGUUUGGAAGAAACUGUGAACAGAUAUGCAGAUGAUGUAUCCAAUAUAAAUUCCACGGCUGAGGAACGAGGCAACCGACUGACAGAAGAACUUAUUACUGUUCAAGGGCAGUUAGAUGGACAAGGUUCUCAAAUCCGCUCCAGCCGAGGACAGCUGCUAGGACUACGCGGGGAUAUGGAAAGGGUUAAAGUACGUCUUGCAGGUCAGUUAGGUAGUUGUCAGUUUCUGGCCCGUGAACUUCAGGGAGAAGUGGCACAGUUUGAACGUAGGGUGAACCAAGUGGAAGGUGCCUGCGGAGCUCAGGAAGCAAGCUUUUAUGGCUACCUGGACCAUGUCAACAGCACCCUAACCUCCCAUGAACGUGGUUUGGAAGCCCUGAGAUACGAGUUGAAUAAAAUUACACAACACGUGCCAAGCUUGCCACUGCCACCUACCACACAGGACACUCCUGAAGGCAAAUAGCCUGUCCUAAUUGCAGCAGGGGUUCUUCCUCCAACAUGGUGGGCAACAAUGAACAAAAACUUAAGGAACUUGAAAAACAAAAUGCCCACAUGAAACUGGUCAGAGACUUGAGAAGACUUUGGUUCUCAAAGUUUGGGGCAGCUAAGUCACUUUUGGGGGGUGGGAGGGGGUACACUUUCAAUGCCACCUGUUCAGUGCAAGAAAAAGUGGCAGUGCAGGGAUAUGUGUGGUGCUAGGGCAUUAUUACUAUACAAAGGACUGGACUUUCCACAGACUAUAUAUACUUCAGUCUCUUCUUUUCUGUUACCC